AUGGUCACCUCUCGCCAAAAGUCCGAUGAAUUUGACAUCUCUAAAUACAUCACCCCGUGGAAACCCUCCAACCAGAAGAGGUAUCUGAUUGAGAACGCCAAAAUUGUUGACCCUGUCAGCGGCACCACCUCGGAAAACACCUCAAUCGCGCUUGAAGAUGGCAGAAUAGUUUUUGUUAAGCCGGCCGGCUCCUCCCGCGAGGCGCAGCUAGACGUUGACCCCGAGAAUAUUGUGGACGUUAAAGGAAAAUACGUCUGCCCUGGCCUCAUCGACUGCCAUGUCCAUAUUGCGGUGCCCCCUGGCGCAGCAUCCCUUUCCUCGUACCGCGACAUGACCGAGACAAAAAGCCUGAUCCGCCAGCCCAAUGUUCUCAAAUCCAUGCUGGACCGCGGCUUCACUACCGUCCGAGACUGCGGCGGUGCAACCUUGGCCAUGAAAGAAGCGGUCGAAGAGGGCAUCCACCCGGGACCUCGUUUAUUCAUCUCUGGGAAGGCACUUUCGCAGACGGGCGGGCAUGGAGACAUGCGGGGCCGCCACGAUACUAUGCCCUGCUGCGGGGGUGAUGUAUCGGGUAUCAGUCGUAUUGUGGAUGGAGUGCCCGACUGUCUCCAUGUUGCGAGGGAUGAGCUUCGACAGGGGGCAGAUUUUAUCAAGAUCAUGGGUGGCGGCGGUGUUGCUAGCCCGACGGAUCGAAUUGACUCCUUGCAGUUCUCUGAUGAAGAGAUCAGAGCUAUCGUCACUGCCGCAACAAAUGCGAAGUCGUAUGUCUCCAGCCAUUGCUACACCACCGAGGCCGUACGUCAGGCUAUUGGACAGGGUGUCAGGGGCAUCGAACAUGGCAAACUGAUCGAUCUGGAAACUGCCAAACUGAUGGCCGAGAAGGGGACGUUCCUCACUCCGACGCUUGUAACGAAUUUCAUGUCCAAAGAAUUACAUUUCCUCGAACCAGAGUCCGAGGCCAAGGUCACUGAGGUGCUGGACCGCGGGCUUGCGACGCUGAAAAUGGCGACAGAGGUUGGUGUUACGGUGUGCUUUGGGACUGACCUCCUGGGGCCCACUCACUUUGCGCAGAGCAAGGAAUUCUCCAUCCGCAGUCGAGUUCAGAGCCCGGUAGAGGUCUUGAGGAGUGCGACUGUCAAUGCCGCGAAGCUGCUCCGGCGGGAAGACAGGUUGGGCCAGGUCAAGGAAGGAUUCAUGGCUGAUCUUCUGAUCAUGGAGCGCAAUCCGUUGGAUGACAUCUCGAUAUUGGACAACCCCGAGGAGGCCAUAUUAGCUAUUAUUAAGGAUGGUAGAGUAGUGCGGUCCAGGCUCAGGACGCUGCAGUAA